CGUUCAAACACCGACCGUUAUUCACCGGGUGGGUAACGGUGGUUGCCUGACAAAAAAACACCUUCAGGCGCCCCAAGUUCACCCAGGUGAGCGCGCGCGACUAAGACCGGAGAGGUGCGCGCGAGAGUGUCUGUUCCCUGAUCAUCACUUUGUUGGGGGGGGGAGGAAAAAAAAAGACAUGUGGCGCUUGAGCGCGAGCCCAGUUGCAUCAUCACCAACAGCCUUUAAAACGCCUCCCAGCUCACCGGUGGAGGUAGAAAUCGAGCCAGCAGCGAGAGAAACGCACUUCUGCUUCCCACUGCGACGGCGCGGCGACACAAUGGAGACAAAUUACCCCACAACCAGGAGGAAAGUCAACAGGACGCCAUGCUGCAGUAUAAAGCUGUUCGUCCUGUGCCACUGCUUCCUGCAGCUCUCGCAGCUGCUCUACAGCGCCUACUUCAGGAGCACCAUCUCCACUAUCGAGAAGCGCUACGGCCUCAACAGCUUUUCCUCAGGAGCCAUUUCCUCUCUCAACGAGGUCAGCAACUGCAUCCUGAUUGUGUUUGUGAGCUACUUUGGCAACCGGGUUCACCGUCCUCGCAUCAUUGGCAUCGGCGGACUGCUGAUGGCCUUCAGCGCCAUGAUCCUCACCUUACCUCACUUUCUGUCGCAGCCCUACACACACAGCUCGGCUUUGCAGAAAGACCAAGCCCUAUGCAACCCAUCUGCCAACGCCACCAACCCGGAGUCAUGUGAUGUUGAAGUUAACAAGCGCCUGACUGAGACCACCCUGUUGUGGGUAUUUAUGGGCAUCGCUCAGCUUCUGUUCGGCGUGGGUUCGGUCCCCAUCCAGCCCUUCGGCAUUUCCUACAUUGACGAUUUUGCAGAACGUAAAAACUCCCCUCUCUACAUAGCCAUCCUGUUUGCCGUGUCUGUGUUUGGACCCUCCAUCGGCUACCUGCUGGGUGCAUUCAUGCUUCGGUUCUAUGUGGACAUGAACAGAAGUAGCUUCAAUGAAAUUCCGACGUUGAGCCCCGUUGACCCCGGCUGGGUGGGGGCUUGGUGGAUGGGUCUGCUUGUCAUCACCGGCUUCUUGACCUUCUCCUCCAUUCCUUACUUUUUCUUCCCCCGUCAAAUGAGCUUUGAAGUAGAGAUGGCGGAGAGUGAGAGUGAGAGUGACACACACGAUAACUUACGGGAGAAGGAUGGGUCUUUGAUUGAGUUUCUUAAAUUGUUUCCUAGAAUGUUCUUCCACCUGCUGUCCAGCCCUCUCUUCCUCUUGCUGGUCAUGGCCCAGUGCUGCUUUUCCUCAGUCAUAGCAGGCCUAGCUAGCUUCCUUAGCAAGUUCCUGGAGAGACAAUAUGGGGUUUCAGUUUCCUUCAGCACUCUGCUAGUCGGGUCUUUGAAUCUACCAGCUGCAGCAUUGGGAAUGCUGAUCGGUGGCUUCAUCAUGAGGAGGCUGGGACUCACCUUGAAGAGCAUCCCUCGUUUCGCAGUCAUCAUGCUAAUCAUUUCCACUGCCCUCUGCAUCCCUCUCUUCUUCAUGGGCUGCGACACGCAGAAAGUCUCAGAGGUCAAUUACCAAGUUGAUCGUCCCAGGUGCUCCGCCAGCUGCUCCUGUCCUGAGAGCACCGCCCUACCUGUCUGUGACUCCAAUGGGAUUCAGUACCUUUCUCCCUGCCAUGCUGGCUGCACUAACGUCACCUUACACCCCAACAGGACCAUCAGAUCUAUGGUAUUUACCAACUGCAAGUGUGUGUCUGGGGCUGAGAACCAAGUCACACCAGGUCAUUGCCCAAACCGCUGCUCUCAUUAUCUCUACCCAGUCAUAAUACUCAUCUCUCUCGCUUCACUGAUUGCCUGCCUCUCUCACAACCCACUAUACAUGAUGGUGCUCAGAUGUGUUUCCGCUGACGAGAAGUCAUUUGCUAUAGGACUUCAGUUCUUACUUAUGAGAAUAUUUGCCUGGCUUCCGGGUCCAGCGAUCUUUGGGAUGGUCAUCGACAUGUCUUGCAUCUGGUGGACAAACGUGUGCGGAAGGAAGUUCAGCUGCGAAUACUAUGACACCGUCCUCUUCAGGCGCCGAUACAUUGGUUUGCAGGUGGGUUAUAAGAUCAUAGGCAUCAUCCUGCUGAUCAUCCUGGGUUGGAAAGCAAAACGGACCCAGGAGUACUAUCUGGACAAGAAGCCCACAAUCUGAGUGUGAUCCGACUGAGACCCGUCUCAUAGCGUCGCUGUGAAGUUAGAACAUUUUGAGGAAGAGUACUCCUUGGAAGGCUGCAUCUGUAAUAAAGGAUGAAAUCUCGAUUAAAAAUUGUUAAAUAUCUUUGAACAUUACGUGUUCGUGUUAGGUUUAAAUGGACUUGGGGUUUCUGUUUGCAUUGGGAACAUACUCUAUAACUAAUGAACUGUAUAGCUUAAUAUUUAAGUUAUUUUCUACAUAUUUGUCUCAUACCCUGAGACAUCAGUAACAACACCAAGAAUAGAUUCAUGUAUAAUCAUAUGUAAGUUUUUGAUGGAUUUUCAGAUAUUAAGCACCUACUCCUACCUUUUAUAUUUUUAAAUAAAAUAAAUUAUGCACCUAAAUCAUGCUGUAUACAGAUCUGGUCAUUGAACAUGUUCUGUGUUUUGCUAUUUGUCCGUUUAAAAGCUGCUUUGAGAUUUUGUGAAACUAUUGCAGCAUAUGUCUUCGUGAGCAGAAAGUUGUUGGAACAUGGUGGUGGCCGCAUCAACCUGUGGGAAUGAGUUUUGUCAAGAGGGAAGCUGGUCAGAGACGUAAAGAUAACUGUUCAAAAUAAGGAAAUAUUGAUCCCAUGCAUCACCUGCUUCAUAAACACAAAUCUACCCUGACAUUUUGUUUUACAGAUUCAGAAAAAGAGCCAGCUUACAUUGUGACAAAAAUAUCUAAUAAAGGGGCCUCUGAUGAGACCCAUUCAAAUAGCUCUGAAAUGUAGAAGUGAAGAUCUCGUUUGGGAAACAUUGUUUGUGUAAUGUACUUUUUUUCCUCUAUUUUUUUUUCUCUUUUCUCUACAUACAAAGAUCAGUGAAUACAACAAAUAAUUGUAUUUAAUAGCCAUUAAUGUGACACUUUAGUUCAUCUGGCUCGAAGCAAACAUCAGAACAUACUGAUGGAGCAAAAGCUUGGCAGUUUUUUCCCCAUAAUGUAUGAAAAUCAUGUAUAAAACUGCAUUUUUAUUAAUAAG